AUGCCACGACGUACCCCAGGUCGGAUCUGGUCGAAAGGAUCUGCUACUUCUCAGAGCUCCACCUCGACCCGCAGCGACCAGUCCAGCCAUUCGAGCCUCUCUAGCCACACUCAAUAUACCAACCUCACGUCUUGUAGCGACACCAAACCUAUUGUCAAGCAUUACCACAACUAUGAGGAGCGUGAGAUUGUUGAUGGGCCCAUGGUUCAUCCGGCUGAACAUGAACAAGACCCUCGAGCAUCAACCGAAACAUAUACCUCAACAAUUGCUUCUGAUAUUGAUGAUGCAUCGUCGAGACCUCCAAGCCUAUGUCCAUUGAUGAGACAUAUAUGCUAUAAGCCUGAUGCGAUCGCCACGACCCCCAUCGAAUUCGGAGAGCUGUUUCCAUCCACGAGAAGAAUACUUAUCCAACACGAUGACACCACUCCGGACGGAAAUUUGAAUCUUCGGGUUGAUACUGAGUUGAGCAUCGCCAAAGGACACAAGCUGAAGUUGACUCUUUUCCACCUUCGCAUGUACGAUCUCGCCGAACGGCAGUUCUCGCUUCGUCGAUAUCAGCGGCAAUCGGGUCGGGAAGUCUGCAACUCGAAAAGAAAGUAUCUGAAGCCGGUGGCCAAACAAUCAUCUUCAUCACCCUCACCCAGACGACUAUCAUUCACCUCGACUCUCGCCAAGAUCAAUCUCAAAACGCUGAAGAGUAAGCCUCGGACGAAGCCAGCUCAAGAGAUUCGAGACGAGGAGUCGGACGACGACUUCAGUUCUUUCGCAGCACAAGUCGACGUCAAGGCCACUAUUCCCACCGAUACUAUCAGAAUCGAGUUCUCCAACUAUGCUCAGGUCGAACUGGAGCGUAGUAAGACAGGAGACAGCAAGUACGAGUUUGAGUAUUGGGGCGAACGGUAUUCUUGGAGACGGAAUAUCUAUCGGGAUGAAUCAGAGCUGGUCUUCUCUUUUGAGCUGAUUGCUGCGUCUUCGGGGGUGUGCGUUGCUCAUAUUACUCCUGACAAGUUGUCUCAGAGACAGAGCAGGCAAGAAGCGGCCCUGGGGGGUUGGGUACCACCGUGCAGUCUGCGGCUCACGGAGAAACAGGUCUCGAAUGACUUGGGAGACGUGAUUAUGGCGACCGGACUCAUGAGCCUUGUGGAUGAUUGCAUCAAGAGACACUGGCAUGAACCACACCGCUCUUGA